AUGUCUUUAUUCCUUUCCAAAGCACCGUACCAUGUCAUCAUUUAUUCCUUGAUCUUCGGGGCCAGCACUUUCCAGUCGUUUCUCGCGGCCCCUGUCGCUCUUAGCGUCUUGGAGCGCCGCCAGUUCGGUGUUUUGCAGAACAAAAUCUUCCCGGGGUACUUUAUCGCCCAAUCCGUUGCCCCGGUUUUGUUGUUCCUCACGGCGCCCUACCAGUUAGGUGCCGUUGCGCUCUCCACCUUGAGCGUGUGCAGCGUCAGUGGCUUGGCCAACUACUUCUACUUCUUGCCGUGGACCGAAGGCGUCAGAUACAAGAGAUACGCCUUGGAAGAUGCUAAUAAACACAAGAAGGAUAAUGGCGAAUUCACUGAUACGAUGAAGGCGUUGAACUCAGAGUUUAGCAAAUCCCACGGUUUGAGCUUGGUGUUCAACAUGUCUAGUAUCUUGAGUUUAUUAGGCUAUGGGUUUGCCAUGACCCGUGGCUUGGUCAGAUACGUUCCAAAAUAG